AUGGUGGCAACUCUCGAUUCCCAAAUUCCAUUCAUAGAUAAAAUAUUUGGAAGAAAAAAAGUUUCCAGUGGUAUUUCAGGUGAUGAGAGCGGUGUUCGUUAUGGUCCUUCCUUAUGCCUG